CUGCUGGGGUUCCUGAGGAAGUUCAGGGCGGGCACGUCGCGACCGAUCAUCAUUAUCGGCAACGACCGGUACGGGCGUCAGUGGGGGGUCGAGCCGCUGGAGGACUUCCUGAACGACGAUUUCAGCAUCGUCUAUCCCCGCGUGCCGUCCCACAGGUCGACUCGCCUUACCGUUCCGCACAUGAUCCUGAACACCGGUGCCCGCGCCGGGCUUGACCGAGGGUCGAUUCGAUACCUCAGCACCCACAUGCCGCACGUCAUUGUCGUCGACGCGCGGAACGUGGGACACGGCAAGCACCGGCUGAUGAUGCGGAUGUCGCGUGGGGCCCGGGACCACGCCAACUGGUUCAUAGCAUUCAACGACCUACGGGCGGAAGGAGACGUCUCGAAAUACGAGCACAAGAUGCCUUAUGCUCCCAACCACUACCCGGAACUCAAGAAGUGGUUCGGCUUUGUGGAGGUAAGAACGCGUAAGGUCGAGUACAGUUCGGACGAACCGCAGGUGGUGCUCGCGAACCCACUCUUCUACCGCACGGAUGAGGACGACCCCGACAUUCACGAGAACCUGCGGGGGAACCGUCCGUACUACUUCGACGGGCCGGAACGUCACGUUCGUCACGAGGUCCGGUUCGGAUUCGGGGAUUUCGGUGUGGAAUCGAGAGUGACCGGGAACACGUCGGAUGAACUCGUGGAGGCCGUUCAGGAGUUCAUGCGGCAGGAGGUGGCGCGGCUGCUCUCGGAGGAAAGCGGUGACGGCGACUAG